UGGCUAAGCCAGCCCCCAGUGCUUCACCCCAGUAACCAUUGCCUGCUGCAAGCGACUCCGCAGCUCCCUUGGGCUCCCAUUUCCUCCUGGCUGAGCCCAAAGCUGGACAGCCUGGCAGAAGGACGCGGGGAGAGGCUGAAGGUUGAGGAGAUUUCAAGAGAACUGAACCUAAGCCCGGGAGAUUUGGUCUGGGAAAGGUGGGGAAGAGCAACUUCACAGAGGAGAAAACUUAGGGGCACCCGCGUGUUUCCCCUAGUAGCAGGUUAGGACUUUGGAGAGCAGCUGAAACCAGCUCCUCGGGCUUUCCCUACUCCCAGGGACCGUGGGGGCGAAUACACUCUGGACCCCAGCACCAGCUUCACGCCCGCACCAUCGCGUGCCUCUUUGGCCUUUGGCUAUCUAGCCCCCAGGAGAAGGAGGGGCGCGGGCAGGGGCGGGAGGGGCAGGGCAGCGGGGCUGUGCGCGCGGCUCCCCCUCCCCUUAGUCUCUCCUAUAAAGAGCGCUUCCCGGCUGGUCGCCAGGCAGAGGCGAGGAGCGGAGCGCAGCUCCCCAGACGCGCAGCUGGGUGCGUCUCGGCACAGCUCCUGGGUCGCUCUCUAGUGGUUUGAGCGCUAUGGCCGGAGUCCGGGGCUGCAGGCUAUGAGACUUUGGACAGGCAGCAAACAAAGCUAGCAAGACCCCAGCCCGCCAUGGAGAGCCCCAGCGAAGCGACAGAGCCGGGGUCCCUGAACUGCAGCGCCAACUGGAGUCUGGAACUCUCCAGCUCUAGGAACCGCAGUUCCAUGCCAGUCCAACGCAACGAGGCUAUGGCCAAGGUGGAGGUGACAGUGCUGAGUGUGAUCCUCUUCUUGGCGCUUACUGGCAACCUGUGCGUCCUGCUGGCUCUGCGCACUACCCGCCACAAGCACUCCCGCAUGUUCUUCUUCAUGAAACACCUCAGCAUCGCCGACCUGGUGGUGGCUGUGUUCCAGGUCCUGCCCCAGCUUCUCUGGGACAUCACCUUCCACUUUUACGGGCCCGACUUCCUCUGCCGCCUCGUCAAGUAUCUGCAGGUGGUGGGCAUGUUCGCCUCCACCUAUUUGCUGCUGCUAAUGUCUCUGGACCGCUGCCUGGCCAUCUGCCAGCCGCUGCGCUCCCUGCGCCGGCAGUCCGACCACCUCUCGGUCCUCUGCACGUGGUUGGUGUGCCUGGUGGUCAGCGUGCCCCAGAUCCAGAUCUUCUCCUUGAGGGAGGUGAGCGAAGGCGUGUACGACUGUUGGGCUGUGUUUAUCCAGCCCUGGGGACCCAAGGCAUACAUCACCUGGAUCACACUGACCGUCUACAUCAUCCCAGUGCUGGUGCUCAGUGCCUGCUAUGGGCUCAUCAGUUUUAAAAUUUGGCAGAAUUUGAAGCUUAAGACAGCACACGAGCCCCGAGCUGCUGGCCCCUUGGCUUCCUCUGUUACCUGUGGGGCAGAUGCUGGCAACGGGGCAGCCCUAUCUCGGGUCAGUAGUGUCAAGCUCAUCUCCAAGGCCAAAAUCCGCACCAUCAAGAUGACCUUCAUUAUUGUCUUGGCCUUCAUCGUGUGCUGGACUCCUUUCUUCUUCGUUCAGAUGUGGUCUGUUUGGGAUCCCAAUGCCCCUAAAGAAACCUCUCUGUUCAUCAUUGCCAUGCUCUUGGCAAGCCUUAACAGCUGUUGCAACCCCUGGAUCUACAUGCUGUUCACAGGCCACCUCUUUCACGACCUAGUGCACCGUUUCCUCUGCUGUUCUGCAAGUUACCUGAAGACCAACCCAGGGGGCGAGACCAGUGCCAGCAAAAAAAGCAACUCUUCCACCUUCGUCCUGAGCCGCAAGAGCUCCAGCCUGAAGAGCUUCACCCAGCCAGCUGGGGAGUGAGGCAGGGCCCAGGCCCAGGGAUCUGAGGUCACUGGGCUUCACUUUGUGUUGGCAGGAAAUUUCUGACCCACCAUGGGUGUCUAUGGAUGAAUGUAUGUAUAUAUGUAUAAGUUUGCAUAGCUUCUGUACAUAGAUGUAACUCUGGCCCAUGCAUUGUGGGGAUAUGGCAUCAGUAGGAUGGACCUGAUACUCAAAGUGGUCACCCCAAUGGGCAUUCUGUGCCACUUUCCAUCUACUGACCAAUCAAUCCUCUGGGCCUUCUGGCAAGGUCUCCUGCCAUCCCUCUAAAGCACUCAUGGCUACCAUACUCCUCACUCCUGAUCAGAUGAUGACUUCUAUGAAUCUGCACUUAUUCUUGCUGUUGCCCUCAGAGGGGGCAUGACGGGAUGAAGUGCUGGCUUUGACACAUAUCAUCUGUGUGACCCUGGGCAAGUCAUUUCAUUUUCCAGUGGCCCAGGCAACUCUUUAAAACCAUAUAAUGUGUAGUUUCCCUAUAAGGAGUUCUCUAUACCGAAGACAGCAUAAAUCUUGUAAAAAAGGAGAAGCCACUAAAAAUUAAUGUAUGUAGGCAUGGCACAUUCUUGUUUAAGGUAAAAAUAGGGCAAAUAUAAGAUAGUGGUGUCUUUCAUUGUUGGGCUACUUGCCAGUGUUGUAAUGAGGAAUUCACUGUUGGUAGGGCAUGUGGGUAGGAGAAAGGAAGAUUGGGGAUGAAAAACCUAGGGUUUUAAGAGCUAUGUUAGCAGAGUUGGGAAAAGACACAAUCCUGACUGGAUGCUACUGUUCUGGAGUGGCAAACUAUUGCCCCUAGAGUAUUGAUUAACCAGGGGUUAUUCAUCACUGGCUUAAUAUAGCAAUGACUGCCAUAUUGGACAAUCUGGCAUAGGCAAAUAGGCCAGAAGCUUUGUUAAAAAAUGACCAGCUUUGUAGAGUUAAAUUAAUUAAAAACAAGUGAAUUACAGGAAAGCUGGGGCUGCAAAUAAAUUGCUCAACGGUAUUAACAUUCCAGGCUUUUAUUGCCUAGACAUUUGCAUAAAGGAUCUCCCCAUUGGUGAAAAUGAUGAUUCUACACUCCAUCCCUCUAUGAGGGGUAGAGUUGAGGAAACCUUGGGAGAGGAGAGUCCUUACUUUUCUUGGCUUCUAGCUUCUAGAGAGGACACACAUGGUUCUAGGCUUCCUUCAGAGAGAGAUCCCUGGAGGAGGAUGUGCAAUUCCUCCUUUGAAUUUUAUCAUUCAUCUUAUUACCAAGACGGAAAUGUUAAAUAUAGCUAGGUUUUACAGUUAUGGGACUCAACUUUAGUUCUCUGAAGAGACAAUGGAAAACUCCACCAAAAUUAAAUGAAAAAGCAUUUAUUAAGCAUUAGGCAAUGUGCCAAGAAUAAUGCUAAGAUAUUAAUAGUAGAGCGAGGCAGUUUCUGCACUAAAGAAUCCCAUGUUCCAAAAAUGGGUCACAAUAUACAUAGUAGGGUAUAGUUCCAGGGCAGAUGGAAGGCCCAGGGGUUCUUAAGGAUCGAGAGUUCUUAGGGUACAAUGUCAGGUCGUAUGGGAAUGGCCAAGGAUGCAGAUUGUAUGGUGGCAGGGGAAACGGUAUGGUAUGGAGAAAUAAAAGGUCCAGGGGCACAGCCCAGUAAGGCCGCCAUUUUGUCAGAUGGAUAAUAGUCAGUGACUUCCUGCUCAUACAAGGAUUGUGAGCAGCCAAGUUCCUGAUCAAUGACUAUUCAGAAUGGGGGAGUAGGUCUGAAUAUUGGAAUGAAAUGGGGUUCACUUCCAUUGGGCGUGGGGAUAUGAGGAAUUAUCAGCCAGCAUCUGGUGAAAUAGGGAGCUUGGGAUAGGGGAGCCAGAAGGACUCUCCAUUGACCUAUUCUUGAUGGGCCUUUGGGCAGUCCAUUGGAUUGGGGUUAGGAUGGGAAGGUUGGGUUGAGGGAAAGUCCUCAGCUUCCUUCAGCAUCCGCUUCAACUAGGCCUCAGAUACUAAUGUAUUUAGGGGUAAAAUUAUAUAUGUUAUAAAUAAUCAGGAAAUUGACAUGGAAAAUGAAGACUUAUUUGGCCGUUUAGAUUUUAGAAAAUAAUUAGAAAUGUGUAUUGACCUAUGAUGAAACCUUAUUUGAUGUGAGUGUGAGGCCAUUACCUUUGUCCUACCAAUUGUGUACCCGUGGUAGUCUUAUGUCUUGCCAAAGGAUGAUAUGUAUCUGAUAAUAUUGAUUUAUCUUCUUUUGUAAUUUGCUUUACAGAUAAGAUGCUUAAUAAAGGCUUUUCUCCAGCGUGUUA